GUUGGCACAAUGAGACGCUCGGGUGUAUUGCUUGGUCAAAGAUCUAUUUUUGGUUAAGAUCGUUUUGGGCAAAGGAAAGUUGUGGGUAAAUCUUGGUGAAACUUAGAAAUGUGUGUUAUGUGAGGAACUGUCUUUAAUUUAUUUUGAUGUUAGUUUUUUUUAUUCGGAGCCGUAUAGUGUGGGUAACUUCUCUAUUGAACCAAUGCAUGACAAAAUAUACUGUAGUCAUUUAAAAGUACUUCGUUAAACAAUGGAAACAAUCCCCUAAUUCAUCUUGCACGGACAGCACACUGUUGUCAUAAAAAGAACAUAUUUGAAUGUACUUAUGCUGUGCCAGAGCGUACAUUUCCCAUGAAAACGAUCGCAUGUUUCAUCCAGAAGGCGUUACGCGAAAGCGUGCAUCACUUAAUGAAAUAGAAAUCUACGGUUGCCACGCGCGUGUUUAUUUGGGUAUAGCGUCGCACGAAUAUUCACGUGACUCUCUUUAUUGUAUCCGUCGCUAUUUUCUCCCAUCUGCUGAUUUUUGUCACUCGGCACAAUAUUUUUUAAGUAAAUGCAUUUCGAUCAGAUAUUGUCUGCAAUCGGCGGCUUUGGAAGAUACCAGAAGAUCCUUUAUGUGUGGAUAUGCUUGCCUCAGAUCUUGCUGGCGUUUCAUAUGAUGGUGAGCGUAUUCACCGGAGCGACGCCACCGCACCGCUGCAGUGAGACCUGGACGGGGGAGCCUUCUGCCCCAGUCAACACCUCCGCUGGCAACCUCAGCAUCCCGUUGCCACUGGGCUCCUGCGCCGUUGCCGCCCCGGACAACCGGACGGCGCACGCCUGCGAAAAGGGAUGGGUGUACAGUAGAGAAAUAUUUCAGAGCACAGUCGUCACCGAGUGGGAUUUAGUAUGUGACAGGGCCAGCCUGAACAGCAUCGGCUCGUCGGUGUACAUGCUGGGCUUGCUGGUGGGGGCGGUGGUCUUUGGAGCCAUGGCUGACAGAUACGGCCGUCGCUUUGCCAUGCUCCUAUCUCUGGCCCUGCAGACGGUGUUUGGGGUGGGGACCGCCUUCGCCCCAAACUUCCCCCUCUACGUGCUGCUGCGAUUCAUCGUAGGAACCACCAUCUCUGGGGUCAUCAUCAACGCCUUUGUGCUGGGCACGGAGUGGACGUGCACCCAGCAUCGUAUGCUGGCCGGGAUAAUUACCGACUACUUCUUUGGCUUUGGCUACAUGCUGCUAGCGGGAGUGGCCUACCUGGUGAGGGACUGGCGCAAACUCCAGCUGGCCAUCUCUGCUCCUGGCUUCCUCUUCAUCUUCUAUAUCUGGGUACUCCCUCAGUCUGCACGAUGGCUGUUGGCAAAUGAUCGUUGUGAGGAAGCCAUCGUUUUGCUGCGCAGGGCUGCAACAGUCAAUGGCCGUACUUUCCCCCCUGCAGUCCAGGUGGAGAAGUGCACGAUGUCGCCAGAGAGGCAGAAGCGGCACACGGCUAAAGAUCUCCUGCGCACCCCCCAGAUGAGAAAGAGGGCUCUCAUCCUGUUCUACGUCUGGUUUGUGAAUGUGUUGGUGUAUUACGGUCUGUCGCUGGGCGUGUCGGACCUGGGCGUGGAUCUGUACCUGACUCAGUUUGUGUUCGGCCUGGUGGAGAUCCCGGCACGCUCGCUGGUGCUGUUCGUGCUGCCCUGCAGCCGCAGGCUGCCCCAGAGUGCCUUCCUGGCGCUGGGUGGCACGGCCUGUCUGCUCACUCUCGCCGUCCCUGCAGACAUGCCCAAUGUACUGACAGGCCUCGCCAUGUUGGGGAAGUUUGGCAUCACUGCUUCCUUUGCCAUUGUCUACGUCUACACUGCUGAGAUCUUUCCCACAGUCCUCAGACAGACAGGGAUCGGGGUGUCCUCCAUGUUUGCAAGGUUAGGGGGCGUACUGGCCCCUCUGAUCAAUCUCCUACACAGCCACAACCCCACGACCCCCAUGCUAAUCUUCGGGUCCACACCUCUGCUGGGUGCAGCUCUUGCCCUGGCAUUGCCAGAAACCGCCAACUGCCCGCUACCUGACACCAUCGAGGAGGUAGAGUGCUGGGAGGACAGGAGCCAGUUACAAAACGGCAGCCAAGGGAGCUCUGUGCAUGGGAGCCAAUCACAAAGCAGUACAGAAGGGCAGGAACUGCAGCACCUGGCACCUGAGACUACCUGAGUGGAGGCAUCGCUCAGUAUGCAUGUACUAUACUUUCCACACUACACACACACACACACACACACACACACACACACAC